AUGUCACGACAAGAUUGGUUCACAGGUCCAGUAUGUGGGACUGACAAUUGUCGAUCACGAAUUUAUAGAAAUCAGGAUGGGUUGACAAUAUGUAAAUUCGGACAUGUGUUGGAAGGGGCGGUGGAGUACAACGAUGAUCCAGAAGCAGGAGGAAUAGUUCAAACUAGAAGAUUAAACACAAUUUCGUUUGAUGAAAGAGGGCAGUUGUCUAGUGCUGUUAUUUCCAAUUCACAAAACAUCAAACCAAGACUGGACCGACUAUAUGGUGAAGAUGCCGUGACUUUGUAUUAUAGGUGUUUCCAAAUUCUAUUGAAAAAAGAAUUGGAUAUUUUUAUUGACUUAUUUUUCAGUGAAGGUAUAAGACAUGAUUUGACGUUGAUUGUGAAAAACAACUGGGCGAAAGUAUUAUCAACUGACGAACUUCAAGAGACUCAUCCGAAACGACAAGUCUUGGAUACGUUAGAUUUGAUUUGCAUGAUUUAUAUUUCGGCUCUCCAAUUACAAGCAUAUCCUAUUUAUAUCCCUGACUUGAUAGAUAACAUUAAAUCAAAUGCAAUUCCAUAUAUAAGAACCCUUCAUUUGAUUCCCAAACACAUGUUAGACCAAUUGCCUACCGUGUAUCAUAAUAGAUUGCAACCUUAUUCUUUACCGGAGAACGGCCAGAUAUAUAAACGCUUACAAACCGCAGGGUCAAGAACUGUUGGAGCGACUUUAAAAAUACCGACAAGUUUUUAUUUUCCAUUUAUGUUCCGAGUAUUGUCUGAGCAUUUUUUAUUGGUUAAUGCAGUUGAUUUAUUCUUGUCUGCGUUCAACUUAUUAAAAUCUGCGCUGUAUUUUGAAAUUAGUUUCCGAACCAAAAAGUUCAUCCAAAAGUUCCCAGAGAUUCAUAUUUCGUCGGUACUAAUAAUACUAAUUAGGGAGAAUUUUCGAAGUAACGAUGACUUGAAAUCUUGGUUAUAUGAAUUGAACAAAUAUGAACAGAACAAUGAAUACAAUUCAGGUGGCACCUCAUUACUAAAUUGGUCUGACAACAAAGUUGAAAAAUAUUGCGAUUGGAUAUAUGAUAACCUUAUACCAAAGAAAGCCAAGUUGAACGACGAUAAUACAGAGGCUUUAAAUACUAUGGAAAAGAGGUUGUUCCAGAUUUUCAGUCUAGAGAACGAUAUAGAGAGUACGCCACAAAAAACAAAUGAAACUUCAUUGUACCUUGCCUUACGAAAUAUAAUGAAGGGCAGUGAGUUGAAAGAAAGAGGUGAUUUUCAAGCAUUGGAUGUGAAACUUGAUGCAAAGCUAUCAAAUCUAUUGGGUCUCUAG